AUGUCCGGAUAUCCAGGCGGUGGUCGCAACGACCAAUAUGAUGAUGGUUACGGCCAGCAUCAGGGAAAUGCGCACGCGCAAGGUGGAAACACUGAUUCCUAUUACCAGGACGACCAGUAUUACGACCAAGGCUACGAUAACCGCGGCCAACAGCAAGGACAGGGCCAACAUCAGCAGCAGGGACAACAUGGUAAUAACGAUGGCUACUAUGAUGAAUCUGGCUACUACAACGCCGACGCCAACAAUCCCUAUCAACAGGACGGCGGUUACUAUGACGGCCAUGACCAGUACCAGGAUGACUACUACAAUGGACAGGACGGCGGCUACUAUGACCAGGACUACAACAACAACGGCAACAACCAGCGGGGCCAAGGCGGUCGACAGGGGUCUGAGGAAGAUUCUGAGACCUUCAGCGAUUUCACUAUGAGGUCCGACAUGGCCCGCGCCGCUGAGAUGGACUACUACGGUCGUGGGGAUGAGCGAUACGAUAGCUACGCCGAAGGUCAAGGUGGCCGUGGAUACCGUCCCCCUUCUUCCCAAAUCUCCUACGGCGCCAAUCGCUCCUCAGGCGCCUCCACCCCCAACUAUGGUAUGGAUUACGGCAAUGUCCUUCCUGCUGGCCAGCGCUCCCGCGAGCCCUAUCCAGCUUGGACCUCCGACGCCCAGAUCCCUCUCUCCAAAGAGGAGAUUGAGGAUAUUUUCCUGGAUUUGACUUCCAAGUUUGGUUUCCAGAGGGACAGCAUGCGCAACAUGUACGACCAUUUUAUGAUCCUCUUGGACUCGAGAGCGUCUCGCAUGACUCCUAACCAGGCCCUGUUAUCGCUCCAUGCCGACUACAUUGGCGGAGAUAAUGCCAACUACCGCAAGUGGUACUUUGCCGCCCACUUAGAUCUCGAUGAUUCCGUCGGUUUCGCCAACAUGGGCAAGGGCUCGAAGCGCAAGAAGUCCAAGAACAAGAAGAAAGACACCGAUGGUAACGAAGCCGAGACUCUGAAUGAUCUCGAGGGCGAUGACAGCCUUGAAGCAGCAGAAUACCGUUGGAAAACACGCAUGAACCGCAUGUCGCAGCAUGAUCGGGUUCGCCAGAUUGCGCUGUUCCUUCUAUGCUGGGGUGAAGCCAAUCAGGUCCGGUACAUGCCCGAGUGCUUGUGCUUCAUCUUCAAGUGUGCCGACGACUACCUCAACUCCCCUGCCUGCCAGGCUCUGGUGGAACCUGUCGACGAGUUCACCUUCCUUAACAACGUUAUCACGCCUCUGUACCAGUACUUGAGAGACCAGGGAUAUGAGAUUCUUGACGGCGUGUACGUUCGCCGAGAGCGUGAUCACAAGGACAUCGUUGGUUAUGAUGAUUGCAACCAAUUGUUCUGGUACCCCGAGGGUAUUCAGCGCAUCGUCCUCCAGGAUAAGAGCAAGCUCGUCGACGUGCCGCCUGCUGAGCGAUACCUCAAACUCAACGACGUCAACUGGAAGAAGUGCUUCUUCAAGACGUACAAGGAGGCUCGCUCUUGGAUGCAUCUUCUCGUCAACUUUAACCGUAUUUGGAUCAUCCACUUGACCAUGUACUGGUUCUAUGUCGCCCACCAUUCCCCUACCAUCCUCGUUGGCCCCAAGUACGAACAACAGGUCAAUCAAUCUCCGUCCAAAGCCAAGCAAUUUUCCGCUGUCGGCUUUGGUGGUGGUAUUGCAUCCCUUAUUCAGAUCGUUGCGACUCUUGCCGAGUGGGCCUACGUUCCACGACGCUGGGCUGGUGCUCAGCACUUGACCAAGAGGCUCCUCUUCCUCAUCAUUAUCUUCGCUAUCAAUAUCGGUCCUGGCGUCAAGGUCUUCAUGAUCCCUGGCCCGGCUAAGAUCGACUUGAUUCUGGGUAUCGUCCAGUUCAUCAUUGCUAUCAUCACCUUCAUCUUCUUCUCCAUCAUGCCGCUUGGUGGCCUGUUUGGCAGUUACCUGACGACGAAGACGAGACGUUACGUGGCCAGCCAGACCUUUACCGCCAGCUACCCGAGACUCAAGGGCAACGAUAUGUUCAUGUCUUAUGGACUGUGGAUCGUUGUUUUUGGUAUCAAGAUGGGCGUUUCCUAUGGCUUCCUGAUUUUGUCAUUCCGUGACCCUAUUAGAUAUUUGGCCAGUAUGAACGUUAAGAGCUGUCUUGGAGACCACUUGCUUGGUGGAAACAUUCUCUGCAAGUACCAGCCCCUGAUCUUGUUGAUUUUGAUGGCCUUCACCGACCUCAUCUUCUUCUUUCUCGAUACCUACUUGUGGUACGUUCUUCUCAACACCGUGUUCUCCGUCGCCCGAUCUUUCUACAUUGGUACCUCGCUCUGGACCCCGUGGAGGAACAUUUUCUCUCGUCUGCCGAAGCGUAUCUAUUCCAAGGUCCUCGCUACUGGAGAUAUGGAAAUCAAGUACAAACCUAAGGUCCUCAUCUCCCAGAUCUGGAACGCCGUCGUCAUCUCAAUGUAUCGCGAGCAUCUCCUGGCUAUCGAUCACGUUCAGAAGCUUCUCUACCACCAGGUUCCUUCGGAGCAGGAGGGUAAGCGAACUCUUCGCGCUCCCACUUUCUUCGUUUCUCAGGAAGAUCAUUCUUUCAAGACCGAGUUCUUCCCCACAUACAGUGAGGCUGAGCGCCGAAUCUCCUUCUUUGCCCAGUCUUUGUCGACUCCGAUCCCCGAGCCCCUCCCUGUGGACAACAUGCCCACCUUUACUGUCAUGAUCCCUCAUUAUAGCGAGAAGAUUCUCUUGUCUCUGCGUGAGAUCAUUCGUGAGGAUGAGCCUUACUCUCGUGUCACCCUCCUGGAAUACCUCAAGCAACUCCACCCCCACGAGUGGGAUUGCUUCGUCAAGGACACCAAGAUUCUCGCUGACGAGACCUCGCAAUUUAAUGGGGAGGUCGAUAAGGAAGAGAAGGACACCGCCAAAAGCAAGAUCGACGAUCUUCCCUUCUAUUGCAUUGGUUUCAAGUCUUCCGCUCCAGAGUAUACCCUUCGAACCCGUAUCUGGGCCUCUCUCCGUUUCCAGACUCUCUACCGCACCAUCUCUGGUUUCAUGAACUACAGCAGAGCCAUCAAGCUCUUAUACCGAGUUGAGAACCCUGAAGUCGUUCAAAUGUUUGGUGGCAACACGGACAAGCUAGAGCGUGAGCUGGAGCGUAUGGCCCGACGAAAGUACAAGAUUGUUGUCUCCAUGCAGCGAUUCGCCAAAUUCAAGAAGGAGGAGAUGGAGAACGCCGAGUUUUUGCUUCGCGCCUAUCCUGACCUGCAGAUUGCCUACCUGGAUGAGGAGGCCCCGGCCGCAGAGGGUGAAGAGCCACGCCUGUACUCUGCCUUGAUCGACGGCCACUCUGAAAUCAUGGAGAACGGCAUGAGACGCCCGAAGUUCAGAAUUCAGCUCUCUGGCAACCCCAUUCUUGGCGACGGAAAGUCUGACAACCAGAACCACUCUAUUAUCUUCUACCGUGGCGAGUAUAUCCAGCUCAUCGAUGCCAACCAGGAUAACUAUCUCGAGGAAUGUCUAAAGAUCCGCAGUGUUCUCGCUGAAUUUGAGGAGAUGAAGAACGACAACGUUUCUCCCUACACUCCUGGCGUCAAAACCGAGGCAACGAACCCCGUCGCCAUUCUGGGUGCUCGCGAGUACAUUUUCUCCGAGAACAUUGGUAUUCUUGGAGACAUUGCCGCAGGAAAGGAACAGACAUUCGGUACCCUCUUCGCUCGUACUAUGGCGCAGAUCGGUGGUAAGCUCCAUUACGGACAUCCUGAUUUCCUGAAUGGUAUUUUCAUGAAUACUCGUGGUGGUGUUUCCAAGGCUCAAAAGGGACUUCAUCUCAACGAGGAUAUUUUCGCCGGUAUGAACGCCCUUCUCCGUGGUGGUCGCAUCAAGCACUGCGAGUACUUCCAGUGCGGUAAGGGUCGCGAUCUUGGUUUUGGCUCCAUUCUCAACUUCACGACCAAGAUUGGUACUGGUAUGGGUGAGCAGAUGCUGUCUCGCGAGUACUACUACCUCGGCACUCAACUUCCAUUGGAUCGUUUCCUGUCCUUCUAUUACGCCCAUCCCGGUUUCCAUUUGAACAACAUGUUCAUCAUGUUGUCUGUUCAGAUGUUCAUGAUUACGUUGAUGAAUUUGGGAGCCUUGCGCCACGAGACAAUUGCCUGCGAGUACAACCGAGACGUUCCUAUUACGGACCCUCUGUUCCCCACUGGUUGCGCCAAUACUCCCGCCUUGAUGGAUUGGGUUUAUCGUUGCAUUCUGUCUAUCUUCUUCGUCAUGUUCUUGUCCUUCAUUCCGCUGGUCGCCCAGGAACUGAUGGAGCGUGGUGUCUGGCGUGCUGCUCUCCGUCUCGGCAAGCAGUUUGGCUCACUCUCCCUCUUCUUUGAAGUUUUCGUCUGUCAGAUCUACGCGAAUGCUGUGCAACAGGAUCUUUCGUUCGGUGGUGCCCGAUACAUCGGUACUGGUCGUGGAUUUGCCACGGCUCGUAUUCCGUUCGGUGUACUGUACUCACGAUUUGCGGGCCCAGCUAUCUACUUCGGUGCUCGUCUUCUCAUGAUGCUACUCUUCGCAACCCUUACCGUCUGGCAAGCCGCUUUGACCUAUUUCUGGAUUACGCUGCUUGCGUUGACUAUCUCACCGUUCAUCUACAAUCCUCACAUGUUUGCGUGGAACGAUUUCUUCAUCGACUACCGCGACUACCUCCGCUGGCUCUCCCGUGGAAACUCGAGGAGUCACUCCUCGUCGUGGAUCGCCUAUUGCCGUCUUUCCCGAACCAGAAUUACCGGUUUCAAGCGCAAGGCUCUGGGUGACCCUUCCAGCAAGCUCUCAGGUGACGUCUCCCGUGCCGCCAUUGCCAACAUCUUUUUUGGCGAGAUCCUGGCACCUCUGCUGCUCGCUGUCGUCACGGUCAUUCCUUACCUCUUCAUCAAUGCACAGACUGGCGUGAACAAGGAAAAUAACCCAGACGCCACCGUCAGGCCCACGGAUUCGCUGGUCCGUCUUCUUGUCAUCGCUUUUGCACCCGUUGGCGUCAACGCGGGAGUGCUGGCAGCUAUGUUCGGCAUGGCCUGCUGCAUGGGACCUCUGCUGAGCAUGUGCUGCAAGAAGUUCGGUAGCGUCCUAGCUGCCAUUGCCCACGCGUUUGCAGUCAUCUUCCUCCUGAUCUCUUUCGAGGCCAUGUUCCUGCUUGAAGGCUUCAACUUUACGCGAACCUUGGCGGGCAUGAUUGCCGCAGCUGCCCUGCAGCGAUUUUUGAUUAAGCUGAUUGUGACCCUGGCCCUUACUCGAGAGUUCAAGUCAGACACGUCCAACAUUGCUUUCUGGACCGGAAAGUGGUACUCUAUGGGAUGGCACACCGUCUCGCAGCCUGCUCGAGAAUUCCUUUGCAAGAUCACUGAGUUGUCCAUGUUCUCGGCUGACUUUGUCUUGGGACACUGGCUGCUGUUUAUGAUGAUGCCCAUCAUUCUGAUUCCUCAGGUUGACAAGUUGCACUCGAUGAUGCUCUUCUGGCUUCGACCCAGCCGACAAAUCCGCCCGCCUAUUUACUCGAUGAAGCAGUCGAAGCUUCGACGCAGACGCGUCAUUCGAUAUGCUAUUCUGUACUUUGUGCUGCUUGUUCUCUUCGUUGCUCUGAUCGUUGGUCCCGCGGUCGCCGGCAAGAUGGUUCCCGAUUCGCUGACGUCGUCGUUAUCUGACAUUGCGGGCUUCCGUCUGAUGCAGCCUAACAACCUUGACAAGGACAAUACCAAUGCUUCGUCGCAAACAGGUACCGGAAUGGUCGGCUACACCGGCGCUGGCCUCAAGACGACCACAACGUCUGGUUCAUCCGGCGCGACUGCCAAGAUCAAGUUAUUUUAA